CAUUGAAACCGUAAGCCCCCCCCCCACCUUUUCAAUGACAAUUGGCAGCGAAUGCUGACAACUCUCUUCUGCUAGGCCGCGUCCAUUCCCGAAGGACAGAACGAGCUCAAGCGCAACCAGCUUCGCGAGCUUGCUGCCCUCAACGGUACCCUCCGUGACGACGAGAACCAGGCUUGCCAGAACUGUGGCCAGAUCGGUCAUCGCAAGUACGACUGUCCCGAGCGCCAGAACUACACUGCCAGCAUCAUCUGCCGCGUCUGUGGCAAUGCUGGACACAUGGCUAGAGAUUGUCCCGACAGACAGAAGGGUGCCAGCUGGCGCAAUGACGGCGCCGGCAGAGCUGGCUCGGCUGGCCGCAUUGAAGGCGGAGACGCGGUCGACCGCGAGUACGAGCAACUCAUGCAAGAACUCGGCGGCGGCUCAGCCGGUGGCGCUGCACCUGCACGCAUCGAAGCCGGCCCUGGUUCCUACAAUAACAACGGACCCAGCGGCGGUGAUGCGAAGCCCUGGCAGCGUGGCCCUACCGGCGGUCCUGCUCCUUGGCGCAGCCGUAACAACGACUCGCGCGAUGAUCGCGAUCGUGGUGACCGCGACCGUGACGGUGGUGGUGGCGGUGGCGGUGGUCCUGCUCCUUGGGCUCGCGAUCGCAACCGUCGUGAUGACCACGGAGGCGGUCACAAUGGAGGCCAUGGCGGCUACGGCGGCGGUGACCACUAUGGCGGUGGCGGCCAAGGCGGCUACGGUGGUCAAUCUGCUGGCGCUGCUCCCGGUGCCGCUCCCGGUGCCGCUCCCUGGCAUCAGCCUCCCGGAACCCAGAACGGCUACGGUGGUUACGGUGGAUACCCGGGAUACGGUGCUCCUCCUGGCAUGGCCGCACCGCCAUCUGGCGUCCCUCCGCCGCCUCCUGGUGCCCCUGGUCUUGGAGCUCCCCCAGGUCUGGCUGGUGGCCUCAACGCACUCAUCCAGCAGUAUGCCGGAGGCGCCCCUCCCCCGCCUCCUUCGGACAAUGCUCCUCCUCCGCCUCCCAGCGACCAACCUCCCCCACCUCCCCCUGGUGCCUGAAGUGUCUUGAGGGAGCUAGGUGGUAGAUCAGACGACUAACUUUGAUGCCAAGCUCGCAUCUGCACACCGACUACGUUGACAACUAACGCUCAACUAACAACCAAGGAUUCAUACCAUGACUUCCAGGGUUGGACAAGUGUUCGCACCUACGCAUCGACGUGUUUUUCUCGCCUGAGUAUUUGAAGACCACAGUGUGGGCAGCAAGCACUUAACGCAAAAAAGCAGAAUCAACAAAACAGCGAAGACAAGAAAGCAAAUUGUACGAUAGGUUGGGAACGGGAAUUCUAGUGGACACUAAUCCAUAGGCUUUUCUUUAUGCAUCGGUGCGUUUCUUUCAUAGCCAAAAGAUGAAGUUCAUCCCAAUUGAGGAAACCUAGCCUGUCCACGUGAAGUUAUUUGUGACACACUUGAAAGCUCAAAGCGCU